GCGAGGUUUCUCAUUUGUUUACUGUACGAACUGAGUGUAUCUUGAUUGAAGACCAACAGGUGGUGGGGGAAAAACAUAAAAUCGUGAUGUGAUGGCAAGGUGUUCGUUGAGCAUGGAAGACAUAGCUCUAUGCAGCUCUGCAUUUGAGGACUUUAUUCAAGAAUCACAUUGUGGAGAUGUGGUUAACAUUCUUUUUGAAGAGGACAAGAACCAACACUAUAGUCUCACUGUAGAUGCAACAAACUUACUUGAUGUAAAUAUGCAUGUAGCCCUCAAGCUCCUAAGCCACACUGAAAGCCUUUUGCCACCAUUCAAUCAAGCAGUUCAAAAAGUCAUGAAUUCAAUAUACAAGACUCACCCAGAUCAUGACCUGAUGAUACAGAAGUCAAAUGUUCACACACGAAUCUCUAAUCUCCCAGAUUGUCCUGAGUACAGUCGAGUCACCGUUCCUCGAUCUGCAGACGUUGGAUAUUUCUUAAGUAUAACUGGAACUGUCAUUCGGACGUCGUCUGUCAAAAUACUUGAAUAUGAGCGAGACUUUGUCUGUGGAAAAUGUCACAAAGUGUUUCAAGUUCAAGCAACCUUUGAACAGGCAUACACCAUUCCCAAGCCAAGCCAUUGUCCUGAUACAACUUGUAAUUCAUUGAAGGUUGGUGCCUUGCCGGAGUCUACCUCUCCACGGUGCCGGGACUACCAGGAAAUAAAGCUUCAAGAGCAAGUACAGCGCUUGUCAAUGGGUACGAUUCCUCGUGCUAUGUGGGUUGUGUUGGAAGAUGAUCUGGUUGAUAGCUGUAAGGCUGGAGAUGAAGUGACAUUAACGGGUGUUGUUUGCAGACGGUGGCAGACACUGGGAAUGGACACACGGUGUGACAUUGAUAUAGCAUUGAGAGCCAAUCAUGUUACAGUGCACAACGAGCAGAGAUCAUCUGUGUUUGUCACCAGUAACUUGAAACGAGAAUUUGAUGAAUUCUGGGACAAAUACAAAACCUGUCCACUCACCGCCAGAAAUCUGAUUGUUGCAUCAUUUUGUCCUCAAGUGUUUGGUCUUUAUAUUGUAAAAUUAGCUGUUACACUCGUUCUCAUAGGAGGUGUUCAAAGAAGCGACAGCUCGGGCACCAAGACUCGCGGUGAAUCUCAUCUAUUGUUGAUCGGGGAUCCUGGAACAGGAAAGUCUCAAUUUUUGAAGUAUGCAUCUAAGCUAAUGCCUCGGUCCGUUCUAACAACCGGCAUUGGUACAACUGGUGCCGGUCUCACUGUUACUGCAGUUAAAGAUUCAGGAGAAUGGCAGUUGGAAGCUGGUGCUCUAGUUCUGGCCGAUGGAGGCAUCUGUUGUAUAGAUGAGUUCAAUAGCAUUCAAGAACGCGACAGGGCAAGCAUUCAUGAGGCAAUGGAACAGCAGACCAUCAGCGUGGCCAAAGCUGGUCUCGUUUGCAAACUGAACAGUCGUUGCACAGUUGUGGCGGCUACUAAUCCCAAGGGAAAGUAUGAUCCAAACGAGAGCGUGUCUGUAAAUAUUGCUCUUGCUAGUCCACUUCUUAGUAGGUUUGAUUUGGUGCUGGUUUUGUUGGAUGCUAAAAACAAUGAAUGGGACCAAGUGGUCUCCGACUACAUCUUGGCUGGUAAAUCUUCGCUUGAAAUGGCUCAGAGUGAGGCAGGUAGUGACCCUAGUCAGCCUUCUCUUUGGUCAAUGGAGCAGCUGCAAUUGUAUCUUUGCUAUGUGAAAAGUAUCAAACCCGUGAUGACACCGGAAGCAAACAGAGUUCUUUCUCGGUAUUAUCAGAAGCAACGACAGGCAGACAUUCGUAAUGCAGCACGAACAACAAUCCGACUUCUAGAGAGCAUGGUUCGACUGAGCCAAGCACAUGCACGUUUGAUGUUUCGUUCGAGUGUGACAAUACAAGAUGCACUCUUCAGCGUCACAGUAAUGGAGAGCUCCAUGCAAGGCGCUGCUCUGCUAGGAGGAGUCAAUGCACUGCAUACCAAAUUUCCUGAUAAUCCAGAGGAGGAGUAUAAGCGACAGGCUAUGCUCAUUCUGUCGCAGUUGGCACUUCAUGAUUUGGUUGAUGCUGCGAUGAAUUGUUGUUCACAGAAUUUUGAAGCUUGUCACGUGACUCAACCAUCAUCUUGCAUUAAUGACAAGAUGGCACAAUCUUCCAACACUCAUUUACAUGUCUCUAAUAGCGACAUUCCAGGAGAGCCUAUUGGUGUGUCCCAGUCUCCAGUCGCUCAAGUUGUGUCUGCUGAAGUGGAAGCAGUAGACGUGCGCUAUGACAUCCAAUCGAGUCAGAAACAGUUACAUAGACAUAAACAACCUGCUGUGCAGAGCACACUGUCUGACUGUAGGUUGCAUAUGCCACAUACUUCUGGUUCCGUGCAUCGUCCCCAGGAAGAGAUUCUUUGCACAGAAAUUGGUGCACAUACAACAAGAACUGCAGCGAAGAAAGAUUUCUCUGCUGUGUUUAUUACAGAUGACUUGGAAUCAGAUGACGAUACUAAUUCUGACUGGUUGUUGGAACCACCAAGUAAAGUGGUGCAUCUGUAGUAAGUAGUCGGGACAACAUGAUACAGUUUUUCUGUUACAGUAUCCUGUUUUAAUAGUUUAUGGUGUAUCAGGUUAUUUGUAUACUGCAGGCAAACUACCUGUCUGCAGCAAUGACUUGUUCUCACCAAGUUUAUAUCAUUAUGUACACUCAUUGAUACUACAGAAGUGGUCGUUUCUAUGUACUGAACAAUUGA